AGUUUAGAGCUGCAGUAUGUAAUUUUUGUAAACAAUAUUUAUCUAAAAUAUUUGUUAAAAUUGUCACUAUGUCCUGACAGUAUAAAAUGAGGCAGAUAAUUUGUGAAAAAUUGAGCUCCUCUGCAUCCUCCCUGUGGUCCUAAUGCCCUUUGCAGAAAUACAACGCUCUGUCAGAAACAACCAAUCAGAGCCAGAAGGAGGAUCUCAGUGCUGUCAAUCAGGCUCAUGUACACUCCUUUGCUGUCUGCUACACUACGGCUCCAAUGUCCAAACUAGUUAGCAUGACCACUGAUGAAGGUGGAUAAACAGUUUUUUCUCUGGCAUUAGCACACUGAGUAGCACGUACACAGCAUUGAUUCACAGCACUAAGACCUUCCUAGUUCUUGAUUUAACAAGGGCUGCAAUUGUAUCUUUUCAAAACCAGGUGGGUUUGAAAUCAUCCCUUGGAAACAGCAGUUUGUUUCCUCUGACAAGCUACUGAAUAUUUUCCCUCAUGUGAAAUAUUUAAGUGCGACACAACAGAGCAAAUACCGAAGACAUCAAGAAGGGGGCAAAUGCAGUCAACAUUUUAAAAGCAUAAAACAAAUAUAACAUCCAUGGUCACAAGUAUGGAAACUUUUCCCCAGCACUUUGUGUUCUUAGUAAGCAUCUGGUCUACAUAGUAUUUAUGAUCCAAACAGCUUCUUGAUAGCUUUCAUUUAAAAGCAGUGGCAUUAUCCAAUUAAAAGACAAGCCUACUUUGUGUAAAACCAAACAGAAUUUCUUGAUGACUAGAAGAGGAAAUGGGCAUUGAGGCAAGUCAAUGUUGGUAAAAUGGCUAUCAAAGCAAAAAAAGAACCGCCCACCUUUCACCUUUAUUUUCUACCAGUGGGCAACGGAAAGGAGCUGAUGUGACAUAAAAAGUUAAGAGAGCUAUAAAAAGUAUCCAAAAACAACAGAUUGCCUGUUGACUUUUUUUCAUGUUAAUAAUUACGCUAAUAAACAAACUGCUGAAUCUGCAUAUUAUCCCAUCUGAUCAAAGUUCCCAGUUAAACUGACCAACCUGAACCGUCCUACCCAGCUUUUCCAUUACAUCAAUGUGCCUGAAACCCAGCAGGCUUCACUUGAAGCUGCAGAUGUGAGAACUGAGAAAAGUUUCAGGUUUGACUAAAAGGAGCGAUGGCGGAACCCUCAUCAGGAAACGUGACCAUCAACAAUCCCGCCGACAUUGCUGUCAUCGUUGGAUACUUCCUGAUGGUCAUCGGUGUCGGCGUUUGGUCCAUGCUUCGGACCAAUCGUGGGACGGUGGGAGGAUAUUUCCUGGCAGGACGGUCCAUGGCUUGGUGGUCGGUUGGUGCGUCCCUGUUUGCCAGUAACAUUGGGAGCGGUCAUUUUGUGGGCCUGGCAGGAACCGGGGCAGCGGGGGGCAUCGCUGUGGGAGGCUUCGAAUGGAACGCUCUGUUCAUCGUGUUGCUGCUGGGCUGGCUGUUCGUACCCGUCUACCUCACGGCCGGGGUGAUCACGAUGCCUCAGUACCUGAAGAAGAGGUUCGGCGGGGCCAGGAUCAGCCUCUACCUGUCCGUUAUCUCUCUCUUCCUUUACAUUUUCACCAAAAUCUCAGUGGAUAUGUUUUCUGGAGCUGUGUUUAUCCAGCAGGCGUUAGGCUGGAAUAUUUAUGUGUCUGUCAUCGCGCUUCUGUUAAUCACAGCCUUGUACACUGUCACAGGUGGCCUCGCAGCUCUAAUGUACACAGACACUUUUCAGACGUUUGUCAUCAUCGCUGGAGCUUUCGUCCUUACCGGCUUCUCCUUUGCUGAAAUUGGCGGCUACAGCGCCCUGCUUACCAAAUACUACUCUGCCAUUCCGAGUAACUUCUCCUCCCUGGACACCCAGCGCUAUAACAUCUCCUCCCAGUGCUACAUCCCGAGACAGGACGCCUUCAGCCUGCUGAGGGACGCGACUGUGGGGGACCUUCCCUGGCCUGGAGUGGUGUUCGGGAUGACGAUAGGGGGGAUCUGGUACUGGUGCUCUGAUCAGGUGAUUGUCCAGAGGUGCCUGGCAGCUCGUAGUCUCACCCAUGUGAAGGCUGGCUGCAUUGUGUGUGGCUACCUCAAACUGCUUCCCAUGUUCCUCAUGGUCUUCCCCGGCAUGAUCAGCAGGAUCCUCUACCCAAAUGAGGUUGGCUGUGUGGUCCCAGAAAUUUGUAAGGAGGUCUGUGGAACCGAAGUGGGCUGCUCUAACAUAGCUUAUCCUAAACUGGUGGUUACAGUCAUGCCCAGUGGUCUGCGAGGGCUGAUGCUGGCUGUCAUGCUGGCAGCUCUCAUGUCUUCUUUGGCGUCCAUCUUUAACAGCAGCAGCACUCUGUUCACUAUGGACAUUUGGACCCGCAUCAGACCACAGGCCACCGAGCGGGAGCUCAUCGUUGUAGGCCGUGUCUGGGUUCUGUGUAUCGUGGCCAUCAGCAUCUGCUGGAUCCCCGUUGUUCAGGCAGCGCAGAGCGGUCAGCUGUUUGACUACAUCCAGUCAGUCUCCAGCUAUCUGUCUCCACCCAUUGCCUCCGUCUUCCUGCUGGCUGUUUUUGUCAAACGGGUCAAUGAAACAGGAGCUUUCUGGGGCCUGAUUGGUGGUCUGGCGAUGGGUCUGUGUCGGAUGUUGCCCGAAUUCUGGUUUGGUACCGGCAGCUGUAUUUUCCCCUCUCAAUGCCCUUUCCUGGUGUGUGGCAUCCACUACUUACACUUUGCCAUCAUCCUGUUUACCUGCACAUCAGUGCUGGUGCUUCUGGUCAGCUUCUGCACAGAGCCCAUUGAGGAUAAACAUCUCCAUCGUCUGGUAUUCAGUCUACGUCAUUCUAAAGAGGAGAGGGAGGAUCUGGACUGGGAGCAAGAAGAAAGAGCCAGAAGAGCCCGCAAGGAGGCGAAGGAGAGGAUGAGAGAGAAGGCUAAUGUAGUUACAGAAACUGAGCACGAUAAAAAGUCUGGACUCUGUCGCCUGGUUGGUGGAUUCUGUGGACUUAAUGAAGACCAACAGGUUCAGGAUGAGGAAGCAGCCGAGGAUCUAGAGCCUCAGAUGCCCGACAUCAGUGAGAAAGCAGUGUGGAAGAACACCGUGGACUCCAACGCUCUGGUCAUGAUGGCUGUUGCAGUUUUUAUGUGGGGAUACUUUGCUUGACUGAGUCAUUUUGUUCCGAGCGGAAGGUGUUGUAGCUGCCGUGUGAUCGCAUCUGCUGCCAAUUACAGAACUGGAGUAAAUCUUCAAAUAAAACCUUGUCGCCAUCUGC